AUAUUCUACAGUUGGUAACAAGUAACAACUGUGACGUUAAUGACCGCGCCUGCAAAUACUCCACAUCUACCAUUUUGUUAUACGGGUGAUAAAACGGUUGACGACUUUCCAGGGGCGAUUACGAGAAUACAAUGGAGGAAGAAGAAACUUCUUCAUUGAUUGUACAGAAAACUGAACCUGUUGAGUUUGACUGUGAAGAGGAAGAUAUAAAGACAACUUUGCUACAGAAUGUAGAACUACCAUCAGUGAGCAACAGUCAAUCAAUCUUUUUAGAUGGAUUCCCACCUGCCACAAAUUCUGAUGGUAAUUUGGAAAUAAACACUUUUGAUGAUCCACAUGAAAGCGAUCUAAAUAACCCCACAUUAGAUGAAGAAACAGAAGACCGAAUUGAGGAAGUAGAAGUUGAAGAAGAUGGUCAUGAAGAAGUAGAAUCAGACUUUAUAAUAGAAGAACAAGCUGAAAAUGUUCUGGACUCUGAAUUUAUUCAAGUGGAGACAGGGGGUCAAUAUAUACAACUAAGAUCAGGACAGAAGUACGUUCAGAUUGCUGAAACAGGGGAAUAUCUGGAAAUCCAUGAUGCAGAUGACUUUGAAAUUGAAGAACAAACACAAGAAUAUGCAUCCUCUGUUGAGGAGGAUGCAACAAAUGAAGAUGAUGAGACAAUGAGAGUAUCAAUGCAAACUGAGGAUGAAGAAGAACUCAUGACAGAAGAUGAUGAAGCUGAAAUAAAUUACAAUAGUGAAACCACAGAUGAUCCUAAUGACCCUGAUUUUGAAGUUAAACCUAAAAAAAAUGAGUCAAGUAAUGAUGAACAAAACCCCUGUACAAUCUGUCAGCGAACUUUUAAAACAUCAGCUAGUUUAAAAAGACACAUAACUAUUUUUUAA